CCAACAGACGGAGCAGCAGACGGACUGACAGACCGUUCCCCUUAGGUUUGAGGAUGAUGGCUCAGUUCUGGACUCUUUGGACCGGGUUCCUGCUCCUCCUCACGACCGGUCCUCUCGCUGUCGUCCACUCUUUCAGCCACCUGAGCUUCAAUCUGUGUAAGUGGUGCGAGUCGUCCAGUCCGGUGUGUAAAGACAGCGUCUGCUCCAGUAACUGCAGCCUGUCCUCCUUUUGCACCGUCACUGAGGAGAUCUGCAUCGCUAUAUGGAGAAAAACCAACGACACCAUGACAGUUCACACAAUGUGUCACAACCCCUCCCUGCCACUAGAGGGUGUGGACCCCCGCCUGCUUCUGAACUUUACCUCCAGAGAGUGUCACAUGACCCAACAGCCCACAGACGAAGGAGCUAUGAUGGUCUGUGGUUGUCAUGGAGACCACGAGUGCAAUGACAUACUCAUCUUUGACAAAGGAGCCAAUGGGUUCUCCAAGCUGCAGAGUAAAGAUGUGAUCCCGGUGGUGGUGGUGAGCCUUGUCCCCCCAGUCCUGGUCGCCAUAGUUGCCACCGCUGCCUUCUACUUCUACCGUACACGCCGUCCAGACAAACCAAGCCCUCCUGCACGCCCUAACUGGCCUACCAAGCACACCCCCGAUCUCUACCAGGCUUUUGAUCUGCCAUGUGGGGGUCUGGGGACUCGAGGUGAUGCAGGAGGUGGGGGGACAGUUCCUGGAGGUGAAACAGAGGACUCGAAUGCUAAGGUUCCCAACAACAUGAGCUGGGAAGACCCAGAAGCUGAACUACUGCCCAUCAAACUGGAGGUUCUGGUGGGAAAGGGACGCUUUGCCGAAGUGUGGCGAGGAUGCCUGCUGGAGGGCGAGAAGGGUGGAGUUAGCGGUUAUGAGACAGUGGCAGUGAAGGUGUUUCCUGCUGUAGAGUACGCCUCCUGGAGAAACGAGUGCUCCAUCUUCACAGACCCAAAACUGGAGCAUGAAAACGUGGUGCGGUUCUUUGCAGCUGAAGAGAGGGGCCCACCUGGCCACACCCUCAGGAAGUACUGGCUUGUUUUGGCCUAUCACAGCCUGGGGAACCUGCAGGACUUCCUCACUGCUAACAUACUGACCUGGGAGGAGCUCAUCGCCUUGGCAGGAAGCAUCGCUAGAGGGUUAGCUCAUCUUCAUAGUGACACAACUCCCAGUGGGAUGCCAAAGGUUCCAGUCGCCCAUCGUGACCUGAAGAGCAGUAAUAUCGUGGUGAAGAGCCGGAGGGAGUGCGCUCUGUGUGACUUUGGUUUGGCGUUGAGGUUGGACCUCUCCCUGACUGCUGACGACUUCGCCAACAGUGGACAGGUAGGAACAGCUCGCUACAUGGCUCCUGAGGUACUGGAAUCAAGAGUGAACCUGGAGGACCUUGAGGCCUUUAAACAGAUGGAUGUUUACUCCAUGUCUCUGGUUCUCUGGGAGAUGGCGUCUCGCUGCCAGACCAUUGGUGAGGUGAAGAGCUACGAGCCGGCGUUUGGCUCCAAAGUUUGUGAGCAGCCAUGUGUGGACAGCAUGAGAGACCUGGUGCUGAGGGACCGAGGACGACCGGACAUCCCGUCGACGUGGACAGAGCAUCAGGGGAUGAGCGUCUUCUGCUCCACCAUCACUGAGUGCUGGGACCACGAUCCUGAGGCCAGACUGACGGCUCACUGCGUGGUGGAGCGGUUCAACGCCCUACAGCAGGAGGAGGAGGAGGGAGGAAGGCAGGAGGAGGAUGUGAGGAGAGAAACUCAACGUGAAGAUGGAGGAGAGAGUGAAAAGGACUCAGAGAUACCAGACAAUAACCAGAGCCUGUCUCUCACCAAUGCUGCUUCAUCAUCCUCUUCCUCCUCCCAGAUCCCUCUGUCAGACUUAAAGACUGGAGGAACAGAGGUGUCCCAUGAUUCCCUGGCUCACACUGGCUCUGCAGUAUAAACAGCUGACCUCGUCACACCACGUUUCAUCCUGUUCAGGCUGCGUUACACUUUUGUCUGAGUCUUUGGUUUACCACAUGAUGCUGGACCGCAACAGAACCAAAGGACUCAAUGGCAAAGAACUGAAACUGAAGUGUAGUGACCAAAUACUGUCUGCACCCCCCACGUCUUUGGAACGCACCACUUUAUCCUCAGCAGCAGCAGGUUCAUCUCAGCUCUGAUGUCACUGUGUCAGAGAUACUUGGUUGAUUUUCUUUAAAUUUUCUAGAGACCUCCAUGAUCCCUGGGCAGUAAUGACUAAGGACUUUAGUGAUUGUCCGACUUCACCUCUACAACCCUCUAUAUUUAAGUACACUUUGUUCACUUAGCUCAAACCCUUAGCUCAUGGUAUGAUGAGAUGUGUCAUCAGUACUCCAGGAGACAACAUGGAGAGCCCUUCUUCAAUGAAAACUAUUUCCCCUUCCUGAUUUCUUAUUUUUCUGCAUAUUUGUCACACUUAAGUUUUUCAGAUCCUCUAACUAAUGUUAAUAUUAGACACAGAUAACCUGAGUAAAUACUAAAGUCAGGUUUUAAAUGAUGAUUUCAUUUAUGAGGGUAAAUCCAUCCAAACCUACCUGGUCCUCUGUGAAACAGUCACUCCCCCU